AUGAGGGGUUUCAUUUUUAUGCUAUUUAUCUUCUCUGUUAUGCUUGCCAUUUCAGGAGCAAGGAGUGAAAGAUCCAGGAAACUCUGUGGGUCUGAGUACAUACGCACGGUCAUCUACAUCUGUGCCAGCUCCAGGUGGAGGCGGCAACUGGGGGCACUCCUGCAGGGUCAGCAAGCUGAGAGAGGAAACCACUUCCAGCUGCCAAAUGAACAGGAGAUUUCUGAGGAAAGAGCAGCUCAAAACCUUCCGAAGAUGGAUUUCUCAGGGGAGGAAAGUCUUCAGGGUGAACAGCUGCCCACGGAAGGGCUUUGGAGGUCAAAGAAGCAUUUGGUGAUGUCAAGACAAGACUUACAGACCUCGUGCUGCACUGAAGGCUGUUCCAUGUCUGACUUGAGCUCUCUUUGUUAG